AUGAAUGCCCUUUAUAGAUUUAUCGCAAUUUUGUGUUUAUUUAAUUCGCGCGCUUGGAGCUCCACUAUCAAAUGGUAUCCCUCAUCUGUACAUGGUUUUAUUGAACAAAAAAUCGGGUCAAGUGCCAUAAUUACCUGCUGUAUUCAUGACCGCUGGACAAAUUUCACGCUCUUUUACAUGCCAUAUAAUAACUCCACUGGAUUUAAGCAUCGGACAAGAGUGACGACUUUUCUUGACAAAGAAGAAGGCAAUUACGAAUUCUACGACUCCCUCGGAAACUCAACUGAUCGUUUUAAAGUCGAGAGAACUUCCGGUUGCGUUUUUGAACCUGGCUUCGAACAAAUUGACAUAACGAUCAACGACAUUCAGUUAGGAGACGAGGGCUUCUAUUUCCACGAAGUCGACAAUGUCAAAUAUUACUCAACGUGGAUCAUAGUGCUAGAAUAUGAACCUGGAUUGCUUCAAGGAGCGGUGCUUCUUGGAGUACUGGUGUUUUUCGCUUUGCUCUGUACGUGUGGCUGGUGUAGAGAAAAGCAAUAUCAGAAAUCGCGGAAAAAGAAGCAACUGUAUCUCAAAAGCCUCAACAGAAUUUCGUAG